GGAGGAUAAUCGUGAAAAAGCGUUCUGGACAACAUCUGAUAAGCAUAACCUGUUGUUAUCCUUAACACCAGAGGGGAAUCGUGAAAUACAUCAUGAACAACAGCUGAGCUGAUAAAGCGUGAACUGUUGUUAUCCUUAACACCAGAGGGGAAUCGUGAAAUACAUCAUGAACAACAGCUGAGCUGAUAAGGUUGUUGUUAACCGCGCUGAAGGACAACCGUGAAACCCCUGACAGCAACUAAUAUUGGUAACAAAGCACCUUUUAAAUGAAUGUUAUCCAGAUUAUCAAUGGAAAAGACACAACGCAAGUUAUGCAAUAUAUCAUAAUUACUGAUUUCUUUUUAUUAAUUUGAUUGUUAUUAUUUUUAUUCAUUUGACUGUUAUUUUACAGUUGUUAUUUGUAAUAAUAGUAUGGGUUGUUGUUAUUAAAAUCUCUUCAGCGUCACCAACCCCAGCGGUGGGAUCCCCAAAAACCAUUACCUAGACUAAUCUUGACAAACUACAUAUCAUUUGAAAUCUUACAUUCUCUAGUUUUCAUAUUUGAUGAUUACUUUUUAUUUGUUUUUAUUAAUUUGACUGUUAUUUGUAAUACUGCUAUGGUUUGUUGUUAAACAUUACCCAUCAGCUAUUACUAUUAUCUAUGAAUGGUGAUGGUGUUGGAGUAUUCGUUUAUAGUCUACUAGUAACACAUUAAAACAAAAUGGCUUCUAAAAGAUCUUACACUGAUAUGCAGUCAGACUCAGACGAAGAUGUAGAACACAUAAGAUCGAGGCAUCUCAGUACUAAUGAACUAUUGCAACGUUUAAUACGUGAACAGUUAAGAGCAAUUGACACUACAGGACUUUCAGUAAGGGAGAGAUUGCAAAAUGUUAUAGCCGAACAACGAUCCUGGCUAGACAUGGGUGAUGAUGAAUCCAUCCACUCCGAUAAUGGGUUUUCGAAUCAUCAUCACCACAUUCCUAAUAUCGACUCUGACGAACGUAUCAUGUCGAGACAUGAUGGAAAUAAUGAACAAUUGCGUUGUUUAAUAAGUGAACAAUUAAACGCACUGGACACUACGGGACUUUCAGUUAGGGAAAGAUUGCAAAAUCUUAUCGCCGAACAGCGAUCCUGGCUAGACGGGGAUGAUGAUGAUCAUGAAACCAUCCAGUCCGGUAAUGGGUUUUCGAAUUAUAAUCAUCAGCUCCCUAAUAUGGGCCUUAGUCAGGACGAAAUUCAUACGCUGACGACUGAGGGAGGACGUGUAGGCGACUUCGUAAUAACCCCUCGACCACGUUUCAACGGACUUGAAAUCCAAAGGACACUGAAUCUCCGUGAAAUAGAUACAAACGAUUUGGCUGAUUUUAAUCAUCGUCUACACAAUAUUUUAAACGAGAUUGUGCAUUUUUCUCAACUGACGGCCGGCGAUACGGGCUAUGUGAAUAUAGCACUAACUGGUGACAGCUUACCUACGUCUAUAAAUGCUGUGUUAACACCAGAAAGCAAUCAUGAUCCAUCAUUAUUCAUUGACCAAAUUGAACGCGCUGCACAAAGCAACAGAGAUGUGUCAACAGACAACUCUUUAUCUCUAAGAGUUUCUGUAGCUAUGGAUCAUCAGGGGGGUGGCGGCGCACGUAGGAAAAUCACAGACAUGGCCAUCAGUGACACUAUCAAACGAAAUAAAAUGCAUUUAUUUUGUCCGAUGAAUUUGAACGACAACAUGUGUCUUAGUUAUUGUCUGACAUACUUUUUGAAUCCAACAUUCACAGAUCAACAGUUGCAAAAAUCAGCAAUGGACAUACACACAUCGUGUGGAUUUGCACCGCACGAUAAAAUAGGAUUUCAUGAUCUGAACAUUUUCGAGAGAAAAUUAAAUUUAAAAAUUGUAGUUUUUCACAGAGACUGCACUGGAAAGGUACAGGUCUACAAAAACACAGAUGAAAUACAUCCAAAGACCGCAAAUUUAUACAUUCAUGAAUCGCAUUACUAUCUGAUCAAAAAUUUGAAAGGUUUCUUAGGCACUAGUUAUGUCUGUCAAUUUUGUUACCGCGGAUUCAACGAUAGGAGACUGCAUAAAUGCAAAUAUGUCUGUAAUAUUUGCUGUACAAGCGAAUGUCGCACACAUGUCACAAACUAUAAACACUGCCCAGACUGCCUCAGAUACUGCAGAAACACCUUUUGUUACGAAGCACAUAAACAAGAGCGUACAUCCGUUGAAAAAUCGCAAUGUGACACUAUAAAAUACUGCACUAAAUGUCAAAAAUUGUAUAGGGUUGCAAGAUCUGGUGAUAAAACCAAACCACACAAGUGCUCUCCAGAGAGCUGUGUACAUUGCAACGAGAUUUUGACAAGCGAAGGUAGUCACGAAUGUUACAUUCAGCCUCUAAAGUCUGAAAUGUGUGAUGAAAAAUACAUUUAUUACGACUUUGAGACUAUGUACCAGGAUGAUAAACAUGUGGCUAAUUUUGUAUGUGCAAUGACUCAGACAGGCGAGACGUUUGAAGCUGGAGGCACAGAUUGUGUGGCACGUCUGAUUAAACAUUUCAGACGUCCAAAAUACAAUGAUUACACAUUCAUAGCUCACAAUGCUUCGGGGUUUGAUUCCUACAUUCUGUUACAGUAUUUUAGCAGCGAAGGCAUAACUCCAAAGGUUAUUAUGCAGGGGUGUAGAAUAUUACAUAUGUACGAUGCGGCGUUUAGACAAAGAUACGUGGACAGUUUCCAGUUUCUCCCUUUUUCGCUUAAAAAGGUCCCGGCUGCAUUAAACCUGACGGUGAAUGAUAAGGGUUUUUUUCCACAUCAUUUCAACAGAUUAGAGAAUGCAAAUUAUGUGGGUCCCUAUCCUGCAAAAGAGCUUUACGGUUAUGAAACGAUGAGCGAAAUCGAACGUGUCAGAUUUGACUCGUGGUACACAUGUGUAUUGAACGACGUCUUUGACUUCGAAAAAGAGCUUGCUUUUUACUGUCGGAAUGACGUUGUGAUCCUUCGAGAGGCCUGUAUAAAAUAUCGCAAAGAAUUCAUCGAAUGUACAAACAUUGAUCCGUUUAAAUCUGUGACAUUGGCCGGAACAUGCAUGAAAGUAUUCAAAACAAACUUUUUGAGUCGGGAUACAGUUGCACUUACACAUAGUCACGCAUACAUUAAUCAAUACAAAACGUACUCCAACGCGUCAAUUCAGUGGUUAGAAUUUAUUAAAAGUAAGGACUGUGUACCCGUGCAGCAUGCCUUAAACCACGGAGAGCAAGCCUUCGGACCUUAUCAUGUUGAUGGUUAUUAUGAGUCUGUUGAUGGGGUAAAAACAGCCUUGGAGUUCUUGGGUUGUUUUUACCAUGGACACGAUUGUCGAUUUAAGCCGGAAGAAAUUCAGCCUUUAUCAAAAGUAUCUUUUGGUACUCUCAGAAGGCAAUCGGAUGAAAAGAUAGAAACACUUCGUAAAGUGUAUUCCUUACGAGUGAUUACUAUCUGGGAAUGCGAAUGGGAUCAUGCUAAACAAACAAAUCAUGAUGUCAUUCAGUUUAUGGAAUCUUACGAAGCACCUGAGAGGCUCAGACCCCGGGAUGCAUUAUUUGGUGGACGUACGAAUGCGUAUAAGUUGUACCACAAAACAGCUGAUGAUGAACGAGUGGAUUAUUAUGAUUUCACAUCGCUCUACCCGUACGUACAGUCGAGUAAGACUUAUCCUAUCGGACACCCGAAGAUUAUUUUUGAGGAUUUUGAAGAAAUAGAUAAUUAUUUUGGGUUAAUUAAAGCGACAGUGCUACCGCCUCGUAAGCUAUUUCAUCCUGUUCUGCCUUAUCGAUGCGGUGGUAAACUAAUGUUUCCUUUAUGCAGGACUUGUGCAGAGAAUCAGAUUCAGGACCCCCAAUGCAGUCAUACUGAUGUCGACAGAAGUAUCACUGCUACAUGGGUCAGCGUUGAAUUACAACGAGCUAUUCAACACGGGUAUCAUGUGAUCAAAAUACACGAGGUCUGGCAUUUUUCGCAGUCGACUGAUACAUUGUUUACCGAUUACGUCAAAACAUUCCUAAAAUCCAAACAGGUGGCGUCAGGCUUCCCCUCACAUGUAGUGACAGAUGCGGACAAACAGUCUUAUGUCGAUGAUUAUCUGGAUAAACAGGGCGUUCAGCUAGACAUCGCUAAUAUAGCCCAUAACCCCGCAAAACGAUCUAUAAGCAAGCUUAUUUUGAACACUUUGUGGGGCCGCUUCUCUCUCAGGACUCAUCUGCCUACCACAGAGCUUUUGACAGAGCCUGAAGAAUUCACACAGUGUCUUUUUGGAGGUGCCGGCCGAAUUAUAAAACACUUUUCAUUUGUAUCUGAUUCAGUGGCAUUGAUUCAGUGGUCCUAUGCAGAACGCGAUCCGUGCCCGACACGAGACGUUAAUGUCUUUAUUGGCGCUUUCACCACAGCUUACGCGCGACUCGAGCUGUAUAAUCUUUUGGAUAAAUUAGGCGAACGUGUGUUGUACGCAGAUACAGAUUCUGUGAUCUUUGUGUCAAAAAACGGCGACUGGAUUCCCGAGACAGGAUCUUAUCUCGGUCAAUUAACGAGCGAAUUAGCGACAGGCGACACUGUGGUUGAGUUUGCAUCAUCAGGUCCCAAGUCAUAUGGGUUUAGAACGGCAAACGGACAUACGUGUCUCAAAGCGAAGGGUAUUACACUUAACGCAAAUAAUGCACAGAUAGUCACACUACAGAGUCUGAUAGGGUUAGUCUGUGCGUAUGUAGAGACCGGUGACACUCAGGAGCUGUUCCCCCGCACAGAGACCAUUACACGUAAUAAGAGGACCUUCACAUUGCACAACAGAUCAAUUGUGAAAAGUUUCAGACUUGUGUACAAUAAGCGAGUACUCCAACCAGAUUAUACGACCUUGCCUUACGGGUUUUAACAAUACUUUGAAAAUGUGUGAAACAGAUGUUUUUGACUGCAGACUGCAACACCCGUUUUCAGCUGUUAUUAGCGGCCCAAGCAAUAGUGGGAAGACUUUUUUUGUAAAGACUCUAAUGUACAAUUCGGACAAAAUGUGUUCUGUGAAGUUUGAUAAUUAUGUGUACAUUUAUACAUGCUGGCAGCCUUUAUAUGAUGAACUGUUACAUGCUUUUGAUAUUAAA